GAUUGGUCCGCGCGCCUCGGCGGAGCCAGGGACCCCUCGAGUCGCUGGGGGAAGCGGCAGAGACCGGCGCAGCCGGAGCGCGGGGCGCAGAUCCCUCGGGUCGGGCCGGCAGAUCGGAUCCGCACCUCGGAGCCGGGCCUGGAGGGGGAGCGUGUGAGGGCGGCCUCUGUUCCCGAAGGAGGGGAUCAUGGCCUCCAUGCUGCUCACCCGGCGGCUGGCCUGCAGCUUCCAGCACAACUGCCGCCUGCUUGUGCCCGGAUCCAGGCAUAUCAGUCAGGCUGCAGCCAAAGUCGACGUGGAAUUUGAUUAUGAUGGGCCUCUGAUGAAGACAGAAGUUCCCGGGCCUAAAUCUCGGGAGUUAAUGAAACAGCUGAAUAUAAUUCAGAACGCAGAGGCUGUGCACUUCUUCUGCAAUUACGAAGAGAGCCGAGGCAAUUACCUGGUCGACGUGGAUGGCAACCGAAUGCUGGAUCUCUAUUCCCAGAUCUCCUCUGUCCCCAUAGGUUACAACCAUCCUGCGCUCAUGAAGCUCGUGCAACAGCCUCAGAAUGCGAGCACGUUCAUCAACAGACCUGCCCUGGGAAUCCUGCCUCCGGAGAACUUUGUGGAGAAGCUGCAGGAGUCCUUGCUCUCGGUGGCUCCCAAAGGGAUGUCCCAGCUCAUUACCAUGGCCUGCGGCUCCUGCUCCAAUGAAAACGCCUUCAAGACCAUCUUCAUGUGGUACCGGAACAAGGAAAGGGGUCGAACGGGUUUCUCCAAAGAGGAGCUGGAGACGUGCAUGGUCAACCAGGCCCCUGGCUGCCCUGACUACAGCAUCCUCUCCUUCAUGGGCGCGUUCCACGGGAGGACCAUGGGUUGCUUAGCGACCACACAUUCCAAAGCUAUUCACAAGAUCGACAUCCCUUCCUUCGACUGGCCCAUCGCACCGUUCCCACGGCUGAAGUACCCUCUGGAGGAGUUUGUGAAGGAGAACCAGCAAGAAGAGGCCCGCUGCCUAGAAGAGGUGGAGGAUCUGAUCGUGAAAUAUCGGAAAAAGAAGAGGACGGUGGCCGGGAUCAUCGUGGAGCCCAUCCAGUCGGAGGGUGGAGACAACCACGCCUCCGACGACUUCUUCCGGAAGCUGAGAGACAUCUCCAGGAAGCAUGGCUGUGCCUUCUUGGUGGAUGAGGUCCAGACAGGAGGGGGCUGCACCGGCAAGUUCUGGGCCCACGAGCACUGGGGCUUGGAUGACCCUGCAGACGUGAUGACCUUCAGCAAGAAGAUGAUGACCGGGGGCUUCUUCCACAGGGAGGAGCUCAGGCCCAAUGCUCCGUACCGGAUCUUUAACACCUGGCUGGGGGACCCGUGCAAGAACCUGCUGCUGGCCGAGGUCAUCAAUGUCAUCAAGCGGGAGGACCUGCUGAAAAACGCAACCCAUGCCGGGAAGGCCCUGCUCACGGGGCUGCUGGACCUCCAGGCCCGGUACCCCCAGUUCAUCAGCAGAGUGAGAGGACGAGGCACCUUCUGCUCCUUCGACGCUCCAGAUGAACCCACACGGAAUAAACUCAUUUCAAUAGCCAGAAGCAAAGGUGUGGUGUUGGGAGGCUGUGGUGACAAAUCCAUCCGCUUCCGUCCCACUCUGGUCUUCAGGGAUCACCACGCACACCUGUUCCUCAAUAUUUUCAGCGACAUCUUAGCCGACUUCAAGUAAAGAAGCCAUUUCCGCUACGCUCUGAGAAAGCCCUGAUCUCAGCAGUUGUCAAAUUGAUUAGUUUGCCUAAUUCAUGUUUUCACUUAAAGUAUCCGAGGUGAAUGCAUAAGCUGAAGGGUGGUGUGUGGGAGGGGAUGGUUUUGGUGGCUGGGGGGAGGGGAGAGGAUGGGGGGACAGGUUUUGGUUUUCCUCCCUGCAGAGCCAAGGGUGCCCAUCGGAUUAAGCCCAGAAAUUCUGCUUGAGCCCCGGACAGAGUCUUAGGAAGGGCCGUGAGGGUCCUGGCCAUGUAUCUGCCCACCCUUGACCCCAACAACGUCUUUGAAGCCAGUCAGGGGAUGCUCCAGGGACUGGUGGCUGGGACUCCUGGGUUCCGGUCCCUCUCAAGUGCCAUAUUCUGUGAUCAAGGACGCUGCUCCCUCACCCUGUGCAACAAACAUGCUUGCCCCUCACCCAACCCCUGGAGCCCUGAGCGAGGCUGGCACAGUUCAGAGGAGGACAGGACAGUCACAUGAAGGCAGGAUUGUAGGGACAUGGGGACUGAGCCAGGGAGGGUGGGGAGGGGCCUUCCGGCCUCUGCAGCUUUGGGCCACUCCUCCCAGGGCAUCUGUGGAUUCCUGUCCUGGACGGGGCUUUGGCGACUCCCCGGGUGGCAUCCUGGAUGGUCCGUCCUUACUUGCUUCCUUCAUUCCCCCAAGCUCUCCCCCCUGUGACAUGUGAACCGAGGCCCCAGGAAACAAACCUGCAGCCUGAGCAGGGGCACCCGGGGACACCCAUGAGCUGCCCGGGCAGAAGCACCAGCCAGUCUCCAGGAGCCGGAGCCCAGGGCCUGGGACAAGGCACUGCCUCCUGUCUCCCUGGCCCCGGGGGCGGCUGCCUUUUGGACCCUCACCCCGGAGGCUCUUUCCCGCUCUGGCUCAUCCACCUUUGCUCCACCGGCAGUUGCGGCACAGGCAGCCCAUUGCUCAAGUAGGUUUCUUCUCGAGGGGAGCAUCGUGAACCCACGGCGCCCGAGCUCCGCACAGGGAAACAGGCAGUGGUUCAGGCGGUGUCCUUGUCCCUCCCCCUCCAAACCAGGGUUCUCCUGACACGUGUGGAGUCCCAGGCACGCGGUCCUAAAGGCUUGACUGCACUGUGGCUGGGGCUCAGGGGACUCCGCUGAGGCUAGGCUUCUGGGAACUGACUGUUCACCGGCACCUAUAAAGAGCACCCGAUGGUCCUAGAGCAAUGAAGGGCGGUCUCGUGGGGAGAGGGAGACAGUCUGCCUUGUGUCCUCUGUCCCAGAGGAAGCCACUUGUCCCCGAUGGUUUGGGAAGACAGGCAUAGCCAGGUUCUCCUCUCAGCACUUUGCUCUUCUAAUAACUAACCACCCGGAGACUUGGUCAGCGACUGUCUUACAGACACGACAGACCCGUGAGUUCCCGUUCACUUCGAAUUCUUGCAGUUAGUGCUAAUCCAUUGCUUUAAAGGAGUUCUGCCGUGUUUAAGGCCAUUUAUGCUGCCGGCUAAAUGGAGAUGUAUGCCCACCCCCCUCUGUGAGGUUUCACUCAUUUGUAUAUUUGUUUAUUCAAUCAUUCAUUCAUGAAACUUGCUUUAAAUACCUGCUCUGUCCCAGGCCCAGUUCUAACUACUAGGAUUACAAAUAAAGCAUGGUCCUGGCCCUUAGGGGACUCACAUCCCAUAGUGGAAAACAGACUUUUAAACCGGUAAUUAAAGCAGAGUGGCAAGUGCUGUAACAGAGGUAUGUAGAGGAGCAUCUGGAAAUUGAAGGGAGGGCCCCAGUCCGUCUAAGGGUCAGCAGAGGUUUCAAGGAGAAAGUAAUGUUUGAGCAGGGUUUUGCAGAGUGAGCAGGAGUUCACCAAAAAGCAAGGCAAGGAUCAGUGUUGCAGAAAGGGAACAGCAUGUGCAUAGACCUACCAGUUCACAGUCCCACCUUUCACUGGGGAUCCAGAUUCCACAGGCAGUAGCCCAGGAUUCAAGACCUUACUGAACAAGAAAAAUGCAUACCAAUACCAAACCACAAUUCAUUUUUUGGCAAGAGUGUGAUUUGUCCUGAGAAUUUCAGCACUGGAUGCAAACCUACAAUAAGAUUCCUGGAGUCCAGAAGGUUUUUGAGCUAAGGCACAGUCAGAAACUUGCCUCUCCUUGGUGGAGAGAGUAGCUUCAGUAUUAUGUUCUCUUCCCAGAGGGCAUUGACAGAAAAAUGAAACCACUUUAUCUAGAAAGUCAUUUCCAGACUUAUCCACCUCUUACCAAGGGAAGUUAUUCUCAUAAAACUUUUUAAGCCAUUUAUCGAGUUCUUGUUGGCUCAGGGCCUAAAGAGUUCUGAAGACAUCUGCUUUUGGGGGUGGGGAGAUGGGUGGAAGGAUUUCAAGGAAAAGAAUUCCCGACAGAGCCCGAGGUGGUAGGAACCUGGGGCGGGUUGUGAAAACUCAGGGUGGGGGUGCAGUGGACAGGUUUCCAGGCAGGGCAGGGCCCAGGGAGAAGGACUUCUGUGGCCGAGGGGCUGGGAAGGGUCCAUCUUACAUCAGUGCCAUAGAGUUUAGUAAGUGUCCCUAGCAAAUCUCGUCACUUUUACAGAAAACAAGGUCCAGUAAUAGCAAGUCUUAGUACAUCCUCCUUUUUAUUAUAAAUGGGCAUUUUUUUAUAAUUUUUACUGACACUCAGUAACCAUGCAAAAUUGUGCACAUCUAGUAUAUCUGUACGUAGCUAUCUAUCUAUCUGUUAGCUCAUGGUACCAUAGCUAGGGAGCAUCGCCGACCUGCGCAUACAAAGUGAUCUUGUUUACAGUAUUCUGUUGACAGUGCCAAUAAAUGAUAAAGAAAUUAACAUGUCACAAUGUAACUGACGACCAUAUGCACAAUUCCAUUCAUUAACUGUUUCCUGUGUUAAUCAGUCUUGUUAAAUUUAAAAAAAUAUAUUUAUAAUGGAAA